GACAGGUCGGUUAACAGUCGCUUCUUCCUUCAAUGUAUUCUUGUUUUGUUUAUAAAGAGGCAGAUUCGCGUAUCAUUUCCCCAAUUCUCUUGUUCGUCUGAAGUCUUUUUCUGGUUACCAAUGGCUUCGUACCACUCCAAAGCAGCUUUCUUGUGUUUGUUCUUGUUGGUUUCAUUUAAUAUUGUGUCGUCUGCAUCCAAUGAUGGGUUGCUUAGAGUUGGGCUAAAGAAGAUUAAGUUAGACCCAGAGAACCGUUUAGCUGCCCGCGUUGAGUCCAAGGAUGCAGAGAUUUUGAAAGCUGCUUUCAGGAAGUAUAAUCCUAAGGGUAAUCUUGGAGAAUCUUCUGAUACUGAUAUUGUUGCGUUAAAGAACUACCUGGACGCUCAGUACUAUGGUGAGAUCGCCAUUGGUACACCCCCACAAAAGUUCACUGUGAUUUUUGACACCGGCAGCUCCAAUCUGUGGGUGCCUUCUGCGAAGUGCUUGUUUUCUGUGGCUUGUCAUUUCCAUGCCAGGUACAAGUCAAGCCGCUCAAGUUCAUACAAGAAAAACGGGACAUCUGCUUCAAUUCGGUAUGGCACUGGAGCAGUCUCUGGUUUCUUUAGUUAUGACAAUGUCAAAGUUGGAGACCUAGUCGUAAAGGAACAGGUGUUCAUAGAGGCAACCAGAGAACCGAGUCUUACGUUUCUGGUGGCCAAGUUUGAUGGGUUGUUGGGACUUGGUUUUCAAGAGAUCGCAGUCGGUAAUGCUGUCCCAGUAUGGUAUAACAUGGUUGAACAAGGUCUUGUUAAGGAACCCGUCUUUUCGUUUUGGCUCAAUCGCAACGUUGAGGAGGAAGAAGGAGGUGAAAUUGUAUUUGGUGGGGUUGACCCUAAGCAUUAUAGGGGCAAGCACACUUAUGUUCCUGUCACACAGAAAGGUUAUUGGCAGUUCGACAUGGGCGAUGUUCUCAUUGAUGGUGAACCAACUGGAUUUUGUGAUGGUGGUUGUUCAGCAAUAGCUGAUUCUGGAACUUCACUGUUGGCUGGCCCAACUCCUGUUAUAACUAUGAUCAAUCACGCCAUUGGAGCUAAAGGAGUUGUUAGCCAGCAAUGCAAGGCCGUCGUCGCACAAUAUGGGCAAACUAUUAUGGACUUGCUUUUAUCUGAGGCAGAUCCGAAGAAGAUAUGUUCUCAAAUUAAUUUGUGUACUUUCGAUGGAACUCGAGGAGUCAGUAUGGGAAUUGAGAGUGUGGUGGACGAGAAUGCCGGGAAAUCAUCCGACAGUCUACACGAUGGCAUGUGCUCUGUAUGUGAGAUGACUGUUGUCUGGAUGCAAAAUCAACUUCGUCAGAAUCAAACCAAAGAACGCAUAAUAAACUAUAUCAAUGAGCUAUGUGAUCGUAUGCCUAGUCCAAUGGGACAAUCAGCUGUCGACUGUGGACAACUUUCUUCCAUGCCUACUGUUUCCUUCACCAUUGGUGGCAAAAUAUUCGACCUUGCACCAGAAGAGUAUAUACUCAAGGUUGGUGAGGGUCCUGUAGCUCAGUGCAUAAGUGGAUUUACUGCAUUUGAUAUCCCUCCUCCUCGUGGACCCCUCUGGAUCUUGGGAGAUGUCUUCAUGGGUCGCUACCACACCGUCUUUGAUUUUGGCAAGCUGAGAGUCGGUUUUGCAGAGGCAGCUUGAAGAAACCUCCUUGUUUGGUAUCUUUUAAUGUUUAUACAUAUGAGCCAUCUUUAGUUUCAGUCGAACCUUACUUUAAGUUGAUGGAUUUAUAAAGUAAAGCCCAAGAUUGUAAAUGGAUGCUACUGUUCUAAUCUUUUAUAGAUACACAGCUUGUACAGUUGCUUUAGUAUUUCUGCUGAUUUAUAUAUAAACUU